AAAAGAAAAGGCGUGGCAUGUGCAGACAUAUAUCCGAUGUUUACGAUUCAAUUCUAUAUACCCAUUUCUCAAACUCUCUCUUUUUAAUGAACCCGACGAAGAAAAUUCAAUAGAGAGACUUUUUCUUUCGGAAAAAUCUUUGAUAAGUUCCAUGGGGUUCUUCUAUUAGUAGUCUUUUUUUGAUUUCCGGGAUCUUUUCGGGUUGUUUCCACUCAAAGAUUUGAUCUUUUUUCGUCUAGUGUUAAUCAAAUUUGCAGUGAAGAUGGCUGGAUCAGAUGAGAAUUACCCAGGAGUGAUCAGGCCUUCAAAUCUUCAAGGGGGAUUGAGGCCUGGUGUUGGAGGAAAAGUGCCUGGAGGAUUGGGGCAAAAUAGGAGGGCACUAAGCACAAUCAAUAGGAAUGUAAUGGGAGCUCCCCCAUUACCCUGUGCUGUUGUCCACAAGAGAAAUGGCAUUACUGAAAACAAAGUCAAUGCUGCUAACAAGAUCCCUCCUGUUCCGAUUCAUCGUCCAAUCACAAGGAAGUUAGCUGCACAAAUAGCAAGCAAACAGCAUCAACCAGCAGUCGAGGUAACAAAGCCACCAGUCCCAGUGCCACCAAAUAGAAAUGAAUCAGAAGACUGCAUUAUUAUCGAUGCUGAAGAUUACAAGACCAGUGGUCAUUCAGCCGUGCCAAUGUUUGUGCAACAUACAGAAGCAAUGAUGGAGGAAAUUGAUAGGAUGGAUGAGGAAAUAGAGAUGGAAGAUGCAGAAGAUUGGUCAAUUGUGGACAUAGACAGUUUUGAUAAAAAGAACUCACUUGCAGUAGUGGAAUACAUCGAGGACAUCUAUGCUUACUACAAGAAGGCUGAGAUCGCUAGCCGCGUCCCUCCAAACUAUAUGGAACAACAAUUUGAUAUUAAUGAGAGGAUGAGAGGCAUCCUCAUUGAUUGGCUGAUUGAGGUACACUACAAGUUUGAACUGAUGGAGGAGACCUUGUAUUUGACUGUGAAUCUCAUCGAUAGAUUCCUGGCAGUUCGGUCAGUGAUUAGGAAAAAACUUCAACUUGUUGGAAUAACAGCUAUGCUUCUUGCCUGCAAGUAUGAAGAGGUUUCUGUACCUGUAGUGGAGGAUCUUAUUUUGAUCUCUGACAAGGCUUACACCAGAAAAGAAGUGCUUGAAAUGGAAAAGUUGAUGGUGAAUGCCUUACAGUUCAACAUGACAGUGCCUACAGCAUAUGCGUUUAUGAGGCGGUUCCUUAAAGCCGCUCAGUCUGAUAAGAAGGUGGAGCUCGUGUCGUUCUUCUUGAUUGAGCUAUGUCUAGUUGAGUAUGACAUGCUUCGAUUCCCACCAUCAAUGCUUGCAGCUGCUGCUAUCUUUACUGCACAAUGCACUCUCGGUGUGUCUAAGGAGUGGAAUAAAACCUGUGAGAAGCAUACCAGCUAUGUUAAAGAUCAGCUUUUGGAAUGCUCGAAAUUGAUGGUUUCUUUCCAUCAGAAGGCAGCAAUUGGGAAGCUUACUGGCGUGCACCGGAAGUACAGCACUUCUAAAUAUGGCUAUGCUACUAGAUGUGAACCAGCUUCUUUUCUAUUAGAUCAUGGUUUUAGGAUUGUCUAAGAGGGAAGAACACAUGAUGGAACUGCAUGCUUGCAGUAGUUGAUGAGCAACAUAAGUUGCCCCAGGCUCUGGGGGGAGGGGAGGGUGUUUGAGUUCUUUUGCUGCUUGAGAGAACCAUGCUUUUAUUUGUUUAUUUGGUCUUUCAUUGUACAUUGUUGGUAAUUUGUGAAACUUUGCUUUUUACACCUU